AUGUGCCGAACUACAGAAAACAGCAUCAUCACUGAAAUCAAGUCCGAUGGAGGAGGCGGUACCAGCGUCCAAACGGCGAUGAUUGUCUUCUGCGGUGUCGUCACCAUCACUUCUCUUGCCACUGCCAUCGUCUUUGGUGAGAAACUUAGCGAAAGGGUCGCACCCAUCACUGUCCCAGCUCCCACUGUCAUUGUCAACACCGGAGGAGCUGAAGCCAUCGGUCCAAACACCUUCACUUCUCGCCAACCUCGUGCUGGUGUCAACGAGUGUGAAGACAAGAAGAUUCAAAUCGACAAUGUUGACUGUUUGAUCGACGCAUUGGAGAAAAUUCUUCCUCAAGCUGGAGGCAAUGUGACCAUGGGAUUCAAGGGUGAACUCAAUGUUGGCCAUGAACCAAUCAAGACUCCCUACUUCCAAAACGACAUGUGCCCCGUCAACGUCCACUGGCACUUGGGUACCGAGCACCUUUCCGUCGGCGAAUACGACGAGAUGGGUGCCGGACCACACACCCAACCAGGAGACAUGCGUCGCAAGCUUGCUGGAGAUGAAGAUGUCCGUGGCGGAUUCCGUUGCCGCCAUUACGACGAAAACGACGCCAAGUUCACCACCGAAUACGACUGGCAGCAUUGUGUCGGCAUGGAAGUUGGCGAGACCUACGAAGUUCACUGGCCUCACUCUGCGGCCGGUGCAUGCGGAACCAUCAACCAAUAUCAAACCCCAUUCUACGAUGGUGUCCUCUGCCGUGUUGGAAUUCUUGGCGACCUCUCUCGUCUUCCUGAACAAGUCGGUGUCCAAGCCCAAGUCUUCACCAUUGUCAACGACGAAGACUACUUCUACCCCGACCUCAUGCGUGGAAUGAUUGUUGACGGUGAUAUGGGAACUGAAAUCACCAAGUACACAGGAUCCACGACCGGAACCAGCCGCGACAAUGAGAUCUGCUCCGCCUACUCUCCCAUCACUUGGCAAGUCGACCGCAAGUGCCACAUGAUCUCUGCUUCUACUUUCGACAAGAUGUGCGCUGACAUGAAGUCCCAACGUGACGACAUGAGCGACGAUCUUUACGCCCAUGGAUCCAGAGAACUUGUCGACAGCAAAUUCGUCGCCAACAACCAGCACAACCGCGCUCUUCGCGGAAACUAA